CUUUGGGGCUUCUCUGUGUGCCGUCUCCUAUAGCAGAAUGCCCCAGGGUUACAUGCAGCUCUCAUGCCAUGCACUAACCAUGCGUUGCUCUCCUCUUUCUCCCCAUUACACCCUCUCAGGAUGCUUUACUCUCCCAGGAGGAGAAGAUGAAAGAGAAAGAAGUGACUGAUGGAUCCCAGAUAGCAGGCUGCCAGGAGUGGCUGACGUUCCAGGAUGUGGCCGUGGACUUCACCAGAGAGGAGUGGCCACUGCUGACCCCGGCUCAGAAGACCCUCUACCGAAGUGUGAUGCUGGAGAACUACAGCAAUCUGGUGUCCCUGGGGCACCAGCUCUAUAAGCCGGAAGUGAUCACACAGUUGGAACAGGAGGGCCAGUGGACACCAGAAAGCAGCAGCCGGCUGGACACUGUGACAGGUGAGCAGCAAGACCGAUGGGAACGGGUCCUUUUCAAGUGUUCCGUAGUCUGUGCGCUGUGGGAUGGAGAGGACAUGUAA